UGAGCUGCAAAGCAAAGCCACUAUAGUAUACAGAACACUGCGCAAGGCAAUUGUUUGGUUUUCAUUGGAGUAGACACGUGUAUACAACACACAUACACGCACUACGCUCGCGGCUUCUCUUAGCCACGUUGCCCCUUCUACUCUUAACGUGCGCCUUUCGCCGUAGCCGCGACGGCACUGAUGCUACCUUGUUCGAUCCGAUCGGCGAAUCCCUAGUUCUCGGUGGUGCCGUCGCUCUCACUUCACAUCCCAAUUCCAAUUCCAAUUUCACUGAGCUCUGAUAAUAGUAAUAUGAUCGUCAAAUUAUAGAAAGAGAGAAAGAAUUCUAGAUUGUGACGAAGAAGAAGAAGAAGAUGCAGAGACGGAGUCCUCCCAAGCACAGGCACGAUGGGACUUCGCCGCUGCCCCUUGGCAUGGAUUGGAGUCCUGCACCUCGAAAAUGGAACGGGCGGGAUACAGUAUGGCCACACAAUCAUCAUUCUGGUUGGAGUUAUUGUGUCACAUUACCUUCUUGGGUAUUCCUUCCAAAAUCAAGGAAUUCAGAUCCUAUAGUGUUCUACAGGCUUCAAGUUGGUGUACAGUCACCAGAAGGGAUUACCAGUCUCCAUGGAGUACUAAGAAGAUUCAAUGAUUUUUUAAAAUUGUUUGCCGAUCUUAAAAAGGAGUUUCCAAAGAAAAAUAUCCCUCCAGCUCCACCCAAGGGACUCUUGCGAUUGAAAAGCCGAGCUUUGUUAGAAGAGAGAAGGUGCUCUUUGGAGGAGUGGAUCACCAAACUAUUGUCCGACAUUGAUAUAUCAAGAUGUGCUGCAGUGGCAUCAUUUUUUGAGCUAGAAGCUGCUGCUAGAUCUUCAUUCCAAGAUGCAAGCCAGCAGAGUUCAGAAUCAGAUCCUGAUUCUAAUAACAGAGUUUAUUCAGUGCAAUCACCUCUCCAUUCGAGCUUAUCAUUAGUUGCUGGCAGUUCAUCUGUUGCCUCAGAUUAUGGUAGUGAUACUGCAUAUGAUCCAUCUGAACUAGGAACUCCAAGAAUUGGACGGGACGAUAAUUCUGAAAUUGCCACCGAUGAUCUAACAUUAGAUGAAGAAAUGACAAAUCCAAUAGAAAAGCUUGUGAAAUAUGGCAUAUCAAAUAUUGACGAGGGUUUGUUUAUGGGUCAGACUAUUCUAGAGCAAUUGGAAGGCCUUCCUAAGCAUAAAGUAAAUGCCAGACAUGUGAACUACGUUUCAGAGAAGGACAAAAUUAAUGGUAAUUCAUAUAAUUCUUCACUUAUGGCCAAUAAUACCAUGGAGCUUUUCUCAGAGCCUGAGCAUGCUAAGGUUAUUGAUCACAUUCGUAACUUUUCAAAUGAGAGUGUUGGAAGUGAUGGAAGCUCCAUACGAGGUAGUGACAUGUCUAAUUCCGGGAUUCCAAAUUCAUCUGGUGAUGGCGUUCUUGACCUUCCUGGAGGUGCUUUAGUUUCAAGAGAAACGGAUAUUAUGGGCCAGACGAAGUUGAAGUUUACAGGUGAUGCUCAAUUAGUGCUUCCACUAGAUCAACGCAAUAAAUUGAACAGGAUUCUUUCAACCAUGCAACGAAGGCUGGUCACUGCAAAAACUGAUAUGGAGGACCUUAUAGUUAGAUUAAAUCAAGAAAUAGCUGCAAAGGAUUUUCUUGCAACAAAGGUCAAGGAUUUGGAAGUUGAACUUGAAACUACCAAGCAGAAAAAUAAGGAGAACUUGCAGCAGGCUAUUCUGAUUGAGAGGGAAAGGUCUACCCAAAUGCAAUGGGAUAUGGAGGAACUUCGACGUAAGUCAAUGGAAAUGGAGAUGAAACUAAAGUCUGAAUCGGGUGGAAACUCAAGUCAUAAAUUGACAAAGGAAUCAAUUGUUCAACAGAAAGAUGAACUGUUGCAGAAUUUAGAUGCUACUAAAAAGCAGCUGGAAAUUUUGUCAAAACAGUAUGGAGAGCUAGAAGCAAAAUCCAAAGCAGAUGUUAAAGUUCUGGUUAAAGAGGUCAAAUCUCUCCGUAAUUCCCAAACAGAGUUGAAGAAGGAACUUAGCGAGUCUAUUAAGGAAAAGUGUGAAGCUGAGAAACUACUACUUCACGAAAGAGAGAAGAGGGAGCAGGCAGAAACUGAUUGGAGAAAACUGCUGGAGAAAUGCAGGCUUCUUUUCAACCAGCUUCAAGAGUGCAAUGUCAAUCUUCCUAAUGAAGAUGAAGAUAAUACAAUCAUGAAUUCAUCAUCAUUAACUGAUGCUUUUAAUCAAUUAACAACGUCUGAUGACCAAAUUGACAUCCUACUAGCAGAGGUACAAGUUAUAUAUUUCCUUGAUGCUUCCAAUGUAGAUAAAACCAAUGAUAUAAAAGAUGGUGUAAUCUGUGAUGAUGAACUGAGAAAGAUCGUAGCAGAUUUGUUCAUCGACAAUGUUAGAUUGAGAAAACAGACAAACCGCGUUACAAGGCAUGCUCUCAAAUUGGACAUGACAGCAAGUGAUGAUUCUCCUUCAAUGGAAACUGUAGCUAGUAUUUAGAAAUAUUGUGAAAUGGUAAUAUAUAUUGUUCUUCCACUUUUGAUCAAGGUCCCAAUGUUUCUCAUCCUGGUCGAUGAUCAUUUGCUGUUCGUAUUUGGUAAGUUAAUCUUAUACUGAAUGCAGUAGAUCCCCGGUGUAAUUUCCACUUGUACGAGUUUUUACUUUGCACACAUAUACGAAGCCUUUACCUCGCACCAUUUUUUUGGGUGAACUUUUACUUAAAAUAAUAAAAAGGUGGAACUCACCAAAGGUAAAUUUAUGUUUGCCCUUGCCCUUUUCUUUUUCUUCUCUAUUUUUGUAAAGUAAAAAGGGCAUUUUGUCGCUUUGGUUGUGUAGAGGCAAUCGCAUUCGCAGCAGUGUUCUUCGCUAUUAGCCUAUUA